AACAGUAACGUAACAUAAUAGCAUGCAAGUGCUCCAGCUCACCCACACAGUCUAGCUACGAACGCAUACACUCUGCACGUUUUCGCGAGCACGAAGGCAGAGAGUGGGAGACUAUCGCUGUUUUUCACUGUCCCUGUGUAGAAUCGGUACCACUCAGGUUCUAAGAAGCAGUUUUCCUUCAUGCUGCCUUAUUGUGUUUUUUCAUUCGCUAUCAGGUGCUACGGUUUUUCCGUUUCUGCUCGAUAUACUAUAGGAAAAAAGUGUAAUUUUAAGAAGUUGUAAAUCCCGAAAGUGAUUUUGUUGCUGCAUUAUUGUUGUUUUCAUGCUCACCGAGAAGUGGCCUGUUGGAUGUUCGUUGCCAAAUGUGUGCACUUGUUUUUAAUUAGCAAAUUGUUACCAGUAAAACCCAGUGUGAGUUUGUGCAGGCGAAAAAACAUUAACCAAAAUUAAUGAAAAUUAAUGACGAUCCAGUAAAGCUGACCGGACUCUAGCAGCGUUAGUAACACCGAGUAAACGAAGUGCAGUAUAUAAAUUGUGCUCAUUUUUCAUCACUGAACGCGCAGAGCACGGCCACGUCAAACGGAAAACGGAGAAGCAAACGUGAAAUUUAAGCCAAUCAGCCAAUUAAUACCAUCUGAUAGAUUUAGAUUUUCAUACUCAACUGCUCAUACGAUGAAAGAAACCCAUCAGUUGCUUAUCCAAAAGAGAAAAAAAGUAAAUCAGUGAAAACAACCACAAAUAUUUCAUCCCGAAAUAAACAUUUCCAAGUGCAUAGCGCCUGAACUAACCGUGGGGCCAUUUUGAGCGAGGCAAAACAAAAUAGAGUAGUAAUACACUACAAGUGUGAAUGAAAGUUUACUUUUACGUGUCAGUGUCAAUGCCAACAACAACAGCAGCAGCAGCAUUACAUCACCCUGAGCAAGCUGAGUGAAUUUCUGUGCAUUUGUUGAUAUCCUAUGUUUUGAUUGCUGUCUAGUGUUGGAAUAAAAAGUCGUUUUUUACCGUGUGCCAGAUGGUCGUCGUCCGCUGAACCAACGCCUAACGGAACCCACAAAGGAGGAACGAACCACGAAAUACUUGCAGAGCAACUGGUGCUGAAUUUUUAUUGCGGCUAUAAUUUUCCACGAGAUACUUUAUUCUUCUUCACUGUAUAUGGUGAAGAUGAAGGCGGUUCGUACCGUGGAAAAUGGAUCACGGUGGAGGCGAUGAUGAAGCUCCAAUUGAUCCGAGGUUAAACAGUAGCAACUAUCCAGUGGAUCAGGACCUAGAAGGUCACCGAACACACACUGUUUAUGUUGGCGUCCACAUCCCAGGCUCAUCAAGGCGGCACUCACAGCGACGUCGCCACAGGCACCACCAGCAAAGUCGUGAAAAUGGUGACAAAGGCUCAGCAAAUGCAGAAACUGAACGACCAGUGAUCUCAAAGCCUCAUGUUGUCACUCAACGAAGAAUCAGCAUUGCUGAAGAAGUUACACCGCCCGCACAAAGAGUUCAUUUCAUUUUGGGAGGCGAGGUAGACGAUGUCAACCAUGAGUCACAUCCGCUGUUUUCAGAGAUGGAAGAACUGGUCAAGGAGGGCGAUGACAUUGCCUGGAAAGAAACCGCCCGGUGGGUCAAAUUCGAAGAGGACGUCGAAGAGGGUGGCAACCGGUGGUCGAAGCCGCACGUUGCCACCCUAUCGCUGCACUCGUUGUUCGAACUGCGAAGUCUCCUGCUGAAUGGUACCGUAAUGCUAGACAUGGAGGCUGUCAGUCUAGAGACGAUCGCCGAGCUGGUGUGCGAAAAUAUGGUCAAUGCUGGCACGUUGCCCAUCGAAUCGCGGGAGAAAGUUGUCGACGCCCUGCUGAAGCGUCACAAACAUCAGCACGAAUUCGCCAGUAAGAAGAACCGCCUACCCCUGAUUCGAUCUCUUGCCGACAUUGGCAAGAAUUACUCGAGCUCAAAGAGUGAUAUGUCGACAGUACAGUCACACAGUGCUUUCUCCUCGGCAACCGCUAGCGGAUCAGGUGUGGGCAUAACCACAUGGUUCCAUGCUGGUGCCACCAAUGCCCAGAUAGCAGCAUCACCAAAUACGGCUGUACCAUUGUCAUCAAAAGUUGAAGAACAACAACACAACCCACAGCAACAAACCAUCAACAGUAGCAACAUUAACGCCCAGGCUAAACCGUAUAACGCUAACCACGGAAAUCAGUUGACAGUUCCUGGAAUUACUUCCGGGGAAAAUCUCAUUCAGAGCCCCAGCAAUCUUUCGAUGGCACGAAAUACCAGCUCCGGCGAGUUGCAAAACGGGGAACACAAGACGAAUACGCAUUUCAUGAGGAAAAUUCCCCCGGGCGCCGAGGCUAGCAACAUUCUUGUAGGUGAGGUUGAUUUUCUCGAUAAGACACUUGCAGCAUUCCUGAGGUUGAAAAACGCCGCCGUGAUGGGAGACCUAACGGAGGUUCCAGUGCCAACUAGAUUUAUUUUCAUCCUGCUUGGUCCACCGGGAAGUCAUGGAAGCUUCCACGAAAUUGGACGUGCCAUGGCGACACUGAUGUCGGAUGAAAUUUUUCACGAAGUGGCCUACCGGGCAAAAAAACGAGAGCAUUUACUCGCCGGGGUGGACGAGUUCUUGGAUGCAGUUACCGUUUUGCCACCGGGCGAGUGGGAUCCGUCGAUACGAAUAGAACCGCCAGCGGCAAUACCCUCGCAGGAGGUGCGUAAACGUCCGCCCGAGAAAAAUCCGAAAGAAGAAAUCGACGAAGAGGAGGAAGAGCAACGACAGCGCGAAGAAGCCGGCCUUUCACGAACCGGUCGACUAUUCGGUGGCCUGAUCAACGACUUGAAGCGAAAAAAGCCUUUUUAUUGGUCGGAUUUCAAGGACGGACUAUCGAUGCAGUGUGUGGCGUCGUGGAUUUUCCUGUACUUUGCUUGUCUAUCACCUAUCAUUACCUUCGGCGGUCUGCUAGGAUCGGCGACCGGCAACAAUAUCGCUGCUAUGGAGUCCUUGGUUGCUGGUUUCGUUUGCGGCAUGGGUUACGGAUUCUUCUCCGGGCAACCACUGACUAUCCUGGGAUCUACCGGGCCGGUACUGGUUUUCGAAACGAUAGUGUAUGACUUUUGCAUGCGAGUCGGAUGGGAUUACUUAACUUUCAGGUUUUGGAUCGGAACGUGGGUGGCGAUUAUUCUGAUCGUCCUGGUAGCCAUCGACGCCAGCGCUUUCGUAUGCUAUAUUACAAGAUUCACCGAAGAAAACUUUGCUUGUCUUAUUGCGUUCAUCUUCAUCUACAAAGCCGUGGAGAAUGUACUUCACAUAGGAAAAGAUUAUCCCAUGAAUACAGCAGGGUCGAAGUACGACUGCUCAUGUCUGCCCCCGGAUGGAACAGUAUUAUCACCGGACACCAUUCAUGAAUGGACGCUUUAUGAUAAGAAAACUUGCCUGCUUCUCAACGGUACUUUGACCGGUUUCGAUUGCUCCAAGCCUGAGUACAUCUCGGAUGUCUUCCUGAUGUCGAUCAUUCUGUUCAUCGGAACCUACAUCAUUUCGGUUAUUUUGAAAGAUUUCAAAAACGCAUUAUUCUUCCCGGCCAACGUUAGACAGUUUGUGAGUGAUUUCGCAGUUAUUAUUGCAAUCUUCUCGAUGAGCACGAUAGAUUUUGUCACCAAUGUUCCAACACCAAAACUCGAAGUUCCACGUGAAUUUAAGCCAACCAUUCCAGAUCGGGGAUGGGUUAUUCAACCAUUCCACGAGAAAAAUCCGAUCUGGUCAUCAGCAAUCGCUGUUCUUCCCGCCCUACUAGGAACUAUUCUGAUCUUCAUGGAUCAACAAAUUACGGCUGUGAUAAUCAAUAGGAAAGAACAUAAGCUAAACAAAGGGUGUGGCUAUCAUUUGGAUCUAUUUGUGCUAGCCUUGCUGAUACAAAUCUGCACAAUGAUGGGACUACCUUGGUUUGUAGCUGCGACCGUACUCAGUAUUAACCAUGUCAAUUCACUCAAGCUAGAGUCGGAAACAGCUGCUCCCGGUGAAAAACCACAAUUUCUUGGAGUAUGCGAACAGCGCGUAACCCACAUACUGAUCUUCCUGACGAUCGGCUGUUCGGUACUGCUAACGCCACUCCUGUCACACAUUCCAAUGCCAGUAUUAUAUGGCGUGUUUCUAUAUAUGGGAUCCGCUUCCCUCAAGGGUCUUCAGUUCUUCGAUCGACUAUUGAUCAUGUUGAUGCCGAUCAAAUAUCAACCGGACUAUAUGUUUUUGAGACAGGUCCCGAUACGUCGAGUUCAUCUGUUCACUCUGAUCCAGCUGGCCUGUUUGAUCAUGCUCUGGAUCAUCAAAUCAUUUUCCAGCACCUCGAUUCUGUUUCCCUUGAUGCUGGUAGUAAUGAUUGGAAUCAGAAAAUCACUCGAUUUUCUCUUCACGCGGCGGGAACUGAAGAUCCUCGAUGAUGUCAUGCCAGAGAUGACGAAACGAGCCAACGCGGACGACCUCCGGCAGCUCGAGGAUGGCGAGGAAUCAGGUCACCACUCGGCUGAUAAUCUGCAGCUACCGUUGGAAAAUGGAAAUUUUACAUCGAAAGUGAAAAUCAACAUAUCGGAGGAAGUGAAUAAAACUACCAUCUGGAAGCAGGUUAAUAACUGUAAUGUACUGUUUACGAAGAAGCCCCAUCAACAGGACCACCCACCGGAUACCUUCACCAACAUCAGUAGUGAACUAACACCAACCACAAACAAUCAACCAGCUGUACAACAAUCACUUGCCGAAUCUACGGUGAAGAAGGCGAACAUCGCCGACAACAGGCUAUCCACAAUGCGGGAAGAAGAGGAGACCAAUCCGGAGGAUGCCAACAACCGCCAAUCAAAACUCCAAAAACGAACACAGAAACUCAAGCGGGAAUUCUGGAUGAAUGCCUCACGAGCCGGAAAUGCAGCCGUUAUCCGUAGUACAGAGGGUAUCUCACUUGGGCUAAGUAGUGCAUCAGAAACGCAGCUUUGAACUUGAACCUUAAGGAUUGUCACAGUUAGUCGUUGUGUUGAGUAGGACUUGUUAUAUGCAAUAAGCGAACGUUUGAAAUUGUUGAGCAAAGCUGUCAAAUGCAGUAGUAAACUGUCCAGUGAAAAUAGGUCAAUGUAUUAGUGUGCUAUUGAGGAAACUACAAUACAAAAGAGAUUUUUUUAGGAACAUUAUAUCAAUUCCAGUCUAGAGAAGUAAAACUUUUUUCUACAAUUUGAUAAACUAAUGGGUGAAGCGAACCUGACUGCUUGUCUCAAUUAUUGAAAGGCAAUAGGAUGUUGGAAUGAAACGUCUCAGAGUGAUCAACCGUAAUUAUUGAACCUUAUACAUUUAUUAGCUAACAGACCUACAAAUCCGCGCAAAUAUACAAUUAUGAAGUUUA